CAUGUUCAGUGACUAAUUCUUAAUCACAUAGCUAAUAUUCUGUGCAAGGAAAGACUGCACCAGUGCUCCUGUCAAAAAUGUCUUCAAGGAAAUAACAGACAUGUUAACAGUUAACAAGUCUUUGUAAGAGAGUUGCCAGUUAUUGCCAGCUUGUAUGAGAAUUGAUAAAUGGGAUCUUUACCAAUUAAGACUGCUUUGUGCCAAAGUUCCUCUUCAUGUUAGUAGGAGUAUUUAUAAUUAUAAAUGCAGAAAAGCACUUUAAUUUUUAACCCUUCAGCUGAAAAGAAUUUAGGACAUGAUUAUUUGUUGUUAUGAACUUCAUAAAUUCUUUUAACAUCUCUAUCACUUUGAAGGUGUUCAUGUCAGUAAGAACCAGAUGUAAUCAGAUGGGUCAUGCUAUAUAAAUUGGAAGUGGCAAUUAAAAGAGAAAAGGCUAGGAAAAGCCUCUAUUUAGGUACAACUUGCUCAUGGGGUGGUUUUGGAAGUCUUAUCCAUAACUGUGUAUGUUCUUGUCUCUUGUCAGACAGUUCCGGAGAAGCUGCCAACAUGAAUGCUGCCGACAACGGGGUCAGCAGUCUCUGUGCAAUAUGUGGAGACCGAGCGACCGGAAAACAUUAUGGUGCUUCCAGCUGUGAUGGAUGCAAGGGAUUUUUUAGACGUAGCAUAAGGAAAAACCACGUCUAUUCAUGCAGAUUCAACCGACAGUGUAUUGUUGACAAGGACAAAAGGAAUCAAUGCAGAUAUUGUCGUUUAAAAAAGUGUUUUCGAGCAGGAAUGAAAAAGGAAGCUGUACAAAAUGAACGGGACAGGAUAAGUACAAGAAGAAACACUUUUGAUGGCUGCAACAGUCCCUCUAUUAGCACACUGUCACAAGCCGAGACACUCUCCCGCCAGAUCUCAAUCUCCAGUCCCAGUGCUAGCACUGAUAUAAGUGUUAAGAAAAUUGCUGGUGUUAGUGAUGUCUGUGAAUCUAUGAAGCAACAACUUUUGGUCCUGGUGGAAUGGGCUAAAUAUAUUCCAGGCUUCUGUGAACUACCACUCGAUGACCAGGUUGCCCUGCUAAGAGCACAUGCUGGGGAGCACCUGUUGCUUGGAGCAGCAAAACGGUCCAUGGCAUAUAAGGACAUUUUACUUUUAGGCAACAAUUACAUAAUUCAUCGCAACAGCACUGAAAUGGAGAUCUGCCGAGUGGCAAAUCGGAUUCUGGAUGAAUUAGUUCGUCCCUUCCAGGAAAUUCAAAUAGAUGACAAUGAAUAUGCUUGCUUGAAAGCAAUUGUGUUUUUUGAUCCAGAUGCAAAAGGUUUGAGUAAUCCAUUGAAGAUUAAGAAUAUGCGAUUCCAAGUCCAAAUCAGUUUAGAGGAUUAUAUUAAUGACCGUCAGUAUGACUCCAGAGGAAGAUUUGGAGAACUUCUUCUUCUACUGCCUACACUCCAAAGCAUCACUUGGCAAAUGAUUGAGCAGAUACAAUUGGUUAAAUUAUUUGGAAUUGUUAAAAUUGACAGUUUGCUUCAGGAAAUGUUACUGGGAGGUACUUCUAAUGAUGCCAGUCAUCUGCAUCAUCCAGUGCAUCCUCACUUAGCCCAAGAUCCAUUAACUGGCCAAACUGUCCUCAUAAGUUCAAUGUCUGCUCCUGUACAUGCGGAACAGAUACCAACUCCAGAAACUCCAUUACCUUCCCCUCCACAAGGCUCUGGGCAAGAAUACAAAAUGUCUGCAAAUCAAGCUUCAGUCAUUGCACAGCAAUCUAUUUUGAAACCAAAACCAUUGUGAUAUUUUUAUCUCUGUCUUAUCCUUUCUUCCUUCCCUUCCUUCCCUUCUUUCUCUUCCUUUUCAUGCACUAGAUAGAUUGGUAGAAGACUUGCACAUUUAAAAUCUCAGGUUGAUAAAGGAAAUUAUUUCCUCAGCAGCCACUACUAAGUGGGUGUUCCUUAAAACACCUCAUGAUUUGGAUAGUAAUGCUGUUCUGACUACUGCAUACAACUGUAACUGUGGACGCUGCAGUCUGACAGAUAUGUAUAGAGGUAGAUAUUAUUUUUAGAUCUUAUAAAUGCACAGAUUCAUAUUUUUAUUUCCUGUUUUAGUUGUCUUAAUAUUUUUGUUUUAGAUGUGUAUAUAAUUUUUUUCAUUGUAAUGGAACUGCUUAGUGGUUGUUUAGCUGUGAAUUGUAGAUAUGAAAAAGUGGGUUAUUCAGGCAAAAGCCAAGAUUCCACUAAUAGUAGAAUAUUAGACUACCAAAAAAAGCACAUGAAUUGAAAAAAAAGGAAAACAUACUUAGUGGACAGAAAACCCCAAAUAUUUUUAAAAAUCCUGAUUUGAAAGGACCAUCUCUUUCAAGUAAAAUUUCAACAAAAGCAUUGAAUCCUCCCUGCUUAACAGUUUGUAUGAAGCAGAAGGCCUGCCUGGGUGAAUAUGCUUGAGGACUUCUUAAAAUCUAUAUAUAGAACAUAAGUAGAUAUUAUGUCUAUAUAUAGUCAAUUGGCCAGUGCUGAAGCAUUUAUAUUGAUAAGUACUUAGAACAAGGACUGGUAGGCUUUUUGGUCUGGACUAACUAGUACUUUCCCAAAAAAUUUAUGAGCACACUUUGGGAAUUAGGCCAGUCUAGGUACACUUUUCACCAGGUUCUUUGAACACUUCUCUUUAAGAGUACGGAGAGUAUCACAGAACCCCAGAAUAAACUGAGUUGGAAGGGACCCACAAAGAUCAUCAUCUCCUGGCCUUACAUAGCACAAUCCCCAAGGGUUGUCCAAAUGCUUCAGGGUUUUCUGUGACCACUUCCCUGGGGAGCCUCUUCCAGUGCCCAACCACCCUCUGGGUGAAGAACCUUUUCCUAAUAUCCAACCGAAGCCUCCCCACACAACUUCAGGCCAUUCCCUUGAGUCCUGUCUCUGGAAACACAAAGAAGAGAUCAGUGUCUUCUCCUCCUCUUGCCCUCACAAGGAAGUUUUAGACUGCAAUGAGUUGUAACUAGGGCCAUGUUAUUUGACCUCAGGGCAAGAGGACACUUUGUGAUGUUUGGUUUACUAGUGUAAGAGUAGCCAUUGUGUUUAUUUGUCUGACUGGGUGUCAGCAAUCACUAAAAUUCACCCACUGAAAAGUUGUAAUUAAUGUAGUAGCUCUGUGUUUGGGGAGUUAUGACUUACUAAUUGCAGUGCCUGAGUUCAGCUCCAGGUGUUCCUGGUUUGAGCCAUGGUAUUUCAAGCCAGAAGGCAGCCAGAAGACAGCACACCCUCUCAAUUCACAUACUCAUCCUCUCAAUGUCUAAGUUUUCAGAAGCAUGCAAUGACUUGCUUUUCUGUGAUAAGCCCCUUUCUCCACCUCUUCCUCCCCUUCCAGUCUGGGGAUCAAACCUUGAUUAGGCUUUGUGUCUGGAGUCUAUAACAACCCAUCUGGAUUUGGACUCUCCGUGAAUUUGCACAAAGUGAACCUUGUGACACAUGCUCACUUGAGGCAUUUAUACUACUCAGUUACAAUUUGUGAAAGUAGUCUUUUAUGAUAUAUGAAGUGAUAUGUUGUUCAUACAAUAGUAGCAUCAUAAGAAAAUCGCCACUUCACAUAUUGUAUUUAUUCCAGACAGCAAUGAUUUAGUACUUCAAAGCAGACUUUCUACCAGAAGAUAUGUAAGAGAGAAACAUACAAAAAAGAGAUAAUAAUAUAUUGCAGUUUGCAAAGAGAAAAAAACAUAGUGGAGUCAGAAAUUCUUCAAGGUGAGAUGUUGAUCAUCCUGAACCAGACACCUUCAUUAAUCACAGCAUCCAGAGAUGGUGCAGUGACACCCUUGGCUUGUAAAAGUUGCUCAAACAAUCCAGAAUGAUUCUUCAAACACAUUUUUGUAGGCAGGAAAUGCAACACGGUAAAUGCUGAACUGACCCGAACAUUCAAAAGGCUUUAAUGAGAAUGCACCUACCACCACGUAGACACUGUGUUUCUUUGUUAUUUUAAAGUAGUUGCUUUUGUAAAGUCUGUAUACAGUAGCUAUUAAUGUUUGCCUUUUACUUUUUAGAUCCUUUUCCUUUUUGCUGUUUACCGUUUGGUUUUUUUUAAUGCAUUGCUCUUUUUAGAAGUUCCUUUUAAUAUGAGUUUUUAUGAUAGAAUAAGGUACUGAGGUUUUGCCAUUAACUUUAAGGGUAUCCAGACUCUGUUUUUUUUGCAAGUUGGCCACCAAUGCUUUACAGUGAUACACAAAGGUAAAACAAGUGUGAGAGAUACUGAGCAGCCCAAAAGUUUACUGAUUUGGUUCAGAUUUGUGUACUUAUCAUAGAAAGAGUGCUGGACUCUAGGUGGAUCCGCAUGAAUUUACUGGGUCAGAUAAAUGAAGUCAACUAUAUAAACAUGGCAGUAUUGGUCUGACUAAAAACAUAUAAUUGGAAAUAAAGAUCAGUCCCCAAGCUGGCCACCCUUGCCUUAUAUAAAAGAUGUGCAUAAUACCUUACUUUAUUUUUCACGGUGAACUUUAAAUAUCAAGUGUACAAUAAAAUGUUGUCACACACUGCCAAAAUGUACUGGAGGAAAAAUAUACUUUAGUAUUUUGUCUGACAAAAAGCUGUUGUCUAUUUUGUACAAUAUAUUACAUUUUUGAAUAAGAACACCACUGUAAUUUAUUGGGAAAAGCUGAUUUAUUUUAUAAAUGUAACAUUAUUUUUGUAAACUUAAUUAUGAAAAAUCAGAAAUGAUUAGUGCUGUUAAAUAUUAAAUUAUAAUGAGAUGUAACUUUAUAUGUUUGAACUCUGAUACCAAGUUUUUGUAUUGAGCAUUUGGAAUUGAAAUGGUUGCUGGAAAUAUUUCAAAUGGACUGUUUUUCAUCAAAGCUCAAUAAAGAAAUAUGAAUGAUCCAAAUGACAUAUUUGCCUUUUAGUAUUUUUUUUUUUUUACUAUUUACAUAAACAAUGAGAGUGGUUUAUAUUCCUUACACAAUGAAUAAGUAUAUAACUAACAUGCUUUCAUCUCUACAGUGUUCACAGCAUCACAGAAUGGCUGAGGUUGGAAGGGACCUCUGGAGGUCACCUAAUCCAACCCCCUCUGCUCAAGCAGGAUAUUGAAAUCAUAUGAAAGAAUCCGAUGGUGACAUUUUAGUUGAUUCUUCUGUAACAUGGCAAAGUAUUACAUAGCUAUGGUCUUCAGUUUUUACUUCUGACUCAGAACAGAACUGAAGAACAUGCUUAAUUCCAUCUGUGUUUAAAAUUAACCAUAUGUUCAACAGUCUGGUUUUUUUGGACAGGGAUAACUUAAGAAAUCA